AUGGAAGCUCAGGUCUGGCUCCCUUCGCACCAGUCGUUGGAGCUCCUGCUGAAUAGGCGUAUCAGCCGGCUCCACUGCACGGUUCUACUGCACGGCUCCACUGCACAGCUCCACUGCACGGCCCCUCUGCACGGCUCCACUGCACAGCUCCACUGCACGGCUCCACUGCACGGCUCCACUGCACAGCGCUCGGUCAACCUUUUGUUCCCCGCUGGUGCUGGGGGGUCUGGUGUCAGUCUAAUCCAGUGUCCACGGUCCACACGCGCACCGGUGACACUGUCUCUGCUUCCUGGCCCUGCCUCUUAA